AGGACGGAACGAUGUGUAUCCUGAUCAUUUCUUGAGAGGAGAAGAUGCCGAAGGACAAGGCAAGAGAUGGAUGCGGCCGCGACUGGGAGAGUGCGCCUGUGUUUAUGUGAGAUUUGCUGACUUUCGCUUGAGCGUGAACCAUGUCCUUCUUGGUCGAGGUGAAUGGUGGCGCUGGACAUAAAUGGCAGGCGCCGGCUGGGAAGGCGGCGCCUGGUCAGCCAUGGACAUGCGCUCAACGGGUGGCCGUGGGGUCGCGAGAGGCAAUCCAUCAAUGCCGGGAGUGGAGUUGCGCAAUGUCGGCGACGGUUCAAUGUUGCCGGUUGGUUGAGGGUCGAGAGUCAGUCGCUAAUAUCGAACGGGCCAGAGUUGCUGAGAUCAAAGACUUCCCCACCUCACAUCUGCUUUGCUUGCUGGUCCCUGCUUCAUUCGGCGCCGGCGGAUCAUCCCGUUGUCUCCGCCAACCUCGAACUCGGACUCGAACGCUCCCACCCUUUCUUCGCACUCUCCCUUCAUUCUCCAUCAACAAUUCAACAAACCUGACCUUCAGACCAUCUUUUUGCAGUCAAGAAUUCUCGGCGCAGCUCGACUCUCAAGCGACUGUCGAGUAUCGUUGAUCUCUCGAUGGGCUCACAGGCGCUGCUGCUUGCCGCGUCGGUACGCAGCUCCGGGUGAGUGCGGUUGGGUUAAGCUAUUCUACCUCGAGUCGCGGCGCAAGUGGACUGCUGGCAGUUGCGAAACGUUAGUAUUCUCUUACUACCAAAUCAACCAAUCUUGUUGCUUGACCCGCGGCAAUCAGUUGAACGAUGACGGGCUGGUUUCACUCUGGAGAUACCAACGUACAACAAUUCAUCCAGUCGGACAGGAGGGAACAAGCGGAAGAAAGAACGAUUCAACCUGCACAAUCCGACACCAACCAAAGUCUUUCCUAUGGUGGACAGCGAUCUGGCUGCACUCUGUCUUACCAGCACAAGGUGGGCUGUGGCAUGAUCGCCGAGAGCCAACACUCCUUACACCGUAAGAACAAGCGCAUCGCCUGGGUA